ACCUCACUGUCUGCUGGCUCUUGUUACAUCAAAAAAGCAAUUUAAUCUUUGUCUAAAAGUUCCCUUUCUCUCUGAAUGAAUUUUGGCGACCUGAGGUUAAGCUCACAUCACUGAAGCUUUAAAGUUUUGUAUACCAAGUUCACACCAGACUAGAGUCAAGAAAAAAAGCCCCCUUUCUUUCAUCUCUUUAGAGGUUCUUGAGGUAAUUAAUGAUGCUUUGAAAGUUUAGAUUAUGGUUAUCCAUAUCAGAAUCCAUAAUAUAUAGAUUCUCUUGUGGCUGAGUGAGUUUCCACUUUAUAUGGUUCUUUGAAGAUUUGAUCAAGAUUACAAAUGGUCAUCAAUAUCUUCUUCAUCCUAAUCCUACUUGUUUCUUUGGCUGUUUCAGCUGACCAAGAUGCUUUCAUCGGAGUGAACAUCGGCACGGCCCUUUCCGACAUGCCUAACCCAACUCAAACCGUAGUCCUCCUCAAAUCUCAAAACAUCCGCCACAUCCGCCUCUAUGACGCCAAUCCUGCCAUGCUCGUUGCCCUUUCUGGCACCGGAAUCCACGUCACUGUCACCAUCCCAAACCAACAAGUUCUAGCCAUAGCCCAAUCCAACGCCACCGCAUCCAACUGGGUAUCUCGCAAUAUCAUCCCCUACGUCUCCACUACCAACAUUACCGCCAUUUCUGUUGGCAAUGAAGUCCUUACUACCACCCCGAAUGCAGCAACCGUUUUAGUAUCCGCCUUAAAAUACAUCCACUCUGCCCUCAUCUCUAUGAAACUCGAUUCCCAAAUCAAAGUCUCGACCCCUCACUCUUCCGCGAUCAUCCUAGAUUCCUUUCCUCCGUCUCAAGCCUUCUUUAACCGGACGUGGGAGCCAGUUAUGAUCUCACUGCUGGAUUUUCUCCAGUCAUCGGGAUCAUAUCUUAUGCUUAACGUAUACCCGUACUAUGAUUACAGGCAAUCCAACGGUGCUAUUCCGUUAGACUAUGCUCUUUUUCGUCCUCUGCCACCGGAUGAAGAAGCCAUCGACACUAACACCCUUUUGCAUUACACUAACGUUUUUGACGCAGUUGUGGACGCGGCUUACUUUGCUAUGUUGUAUUUAAACUACACCAACAUCCCGAUCGUUGUCACAGAAUCGGGUUGGCCUUCUAAAGGAGAUUCUUCCGAACCCGACGCUACCCUUGAUAACGCAAACACUUACAAUAGUAAUUUGAUCAAACAUAUUUUAAAUAACACCGGGACUCCAAAGCACCCUGGUGUAGCAACAAGUACUUUCAUUUACGAGCUUUAUAAUGAAGAUUUGAGGCAGGGGAGGGAAUCAGAGAAGAACUGGGGGCUUUUUAACACAGACGGAAGACCAGUUUACGUCCUGCAUUUGAUAGAUUCAGGGUCCGUGCUUGCAAACGAUACUACUGACAAGACCUUUUGUGUCGUUAAAGAAAACGCUGACAAGAAAAUGGUGCAGGCUGCUUUAGAUUGGGCUUGUGGACCGGGAAAGGUCAAUUGUUCAAUGAUGUUGCAGGGUGAACCGUGUUAUGAGCCGGAUACAGUUGUGGCUCAUGCUAGUUAUGCAUUUGAUGCAUAUUAUCAUCAGAUGAAUAUGGCUGAAGGGACAUGUGACUUCAAUGGGGUGGCUGUUGUCACUACUACUGACCCAAGUAAUGGUGACUGUAUCUUUCCAGGAAGAGGGGGGAGUAAUGGCACAGUCACAAAUGGCACAUCGACGCUGGUUCCAUCUACAAACUCGACUGCAUCAGGAAGCUUAUCGCUAUUUGCUACGGUUUCUUUGUCAAGACUCAUUGUUGGGUUACUAUGGAGUACUGUAGCAUUCUUGUAAGAAUGUUGCAAUUUGAUUUGGUAUGCAAUUCUUGCUAGUGUAGUUGCAUUCUUUUAACCAGCCCAAUUACUCAAUGCAAGUAGAUUUGUAGUA